CGUCAUCACGUACAGCGGAACGUCUCGGAGAAGAUAAACAAAAAGGAAGGAAGCCCUCGGCCAUACAAUCGCGGCAAAAAUUGGUUCAAAAUUUUAGCUUCCAAGCUACAGUUAGCAAAUACAUGCGUCCUUUUUACUGCGCAUAUAUUUAUUAGUAGGCGUUUACAAUCAUGGAGGAGUCUGUAGUGUUUCGUAUGAGUGCAUUUUCGGAGCAAGGAGGACGGAAAUACAUGGAGGAUGUUGUCGAUAUUAGAAUCGAGUACGAGCCACCGACGCCGUCGUCAGGCGAAGAUUAUCCAACGUCUCAGGUGCAUGGAGGACAGGGAGAGAAAUCAGAGAGUGAACCUACCAAACAGACUGAUAUUGAGACACUUGAACAUAAGGUGGAAGCCGAAUCGGGUCCGGCUUCUGCUAUGUGGGUAGAGAGUAUACCAAACGAGGACAGCGGCAACAACAGCGCACCGGGUUCAGAUGGAAAAGUCGCAGAGCACGUAGUCGACACCCGGAGGUCUGUGGCUUUUUUCGCUGUGUUUGAUGGCCACGGGGGUCGGGAGGCUGCACACUUUGCUAGAGAGCAUCUGUGGGAACUGUUAAAAAGACAGCGGGGGUUUUGGUCGAAGGAUCACAGUGAAGUGUGUGCUGCUCUGAAGAAAGGGUUCAUCGCCUGCCACCAUGCAAUGUGGAAAGAGCUACCGGAGUGGCCAAAGACGAUCACCGGCCUGCCCAGCACAUCAGGGACCACAGCCAGUGUGAUUGUGAUCCGUGGAGUCCACAUGUACGUUGCUCAUGUUGGGGAUUCAGCAGUAGUGGUUGGAGUGCAAGAAAAUGACUCUGAUAUUACGCUCCAGGCACUUGAAAUAACACAGGACCAUAAACCAGAACUUCCUAAAGAAAAAGAAAGGAUUGAACGACUUGGCGGCAGUGUGAUGAAGAAAUCUGGGGUUAAUCGAGUAGUGUGGAAAAGGCCCAGGCUGACACAUAAUGGUCCUGUAAGGAGAAGCACAGUCAUUGACCAGAUCCCCUUCUUGGCUGUGGCCCGAUCCCUCGGUGAUCUGUGGAGCUAUGAUUUCUACAGCGGGGAGUUUGUGGUGUCUCCAGAGCCUGACACGACUGUCAUGACCCUUGAUCCCAAACGGCAUCGCUACGUCAUCCUCGGCAGUGAUGGACUAUGGAAUAUGAUGCCACCCAAGAACGCUGUUAAUAUGUGUUGUAGCCAUGACAAAAUGGUGGGACCGAAGGGAAUGUCGUGUGCCCGUCGACUGGGGUGUACAGCACUGCUAUUCUGGAAGGAGCGCAUGCUCCGUGCAGACAACACAACCGUUAUUGUCUUGGCCCUGCAGGAGCAUGAUGGACCCCCUAUCCCUAUGCACAGAGAUGAGAUCGUUGUUGACAUGUCCACAGGAAUUGACCAUGUUCCAUACCCAGGAACUACUUACAACACGUGUGAGGUCCCAAAGGCGGAGCAUGAGGAUGACAUGUUUUUUGAAGAAGAUGAGAUAUUUGGAGAAGAACAUGAGGGAUGGCCGUGCCUGGAGUGGUAGUGAGCAGGGUGAUGCAGUGACAGCUCCCUGCCCUUUCAAAGACAGUUCCUCUGCUCUGGAGCAGGCGUUUGGGCUGUACGAAGCAGCUUUCUGUGCCACCGCACAGCUCCUACCCGAUGUUGUCUCUGUGAGGGCCACACUGCCCACACCGGAUGGUUCCGUGAACGUUUUCGAAAAGCAAGACUCCACAACCCAAAUGGACUGUGUUCCAUCCCCUUCUCCUUUGAAAAGGUCCCGCUGUUCCCCACACACUCCACCUGAGCUUGGAGGUCCUCGCCGUCGACUCAGCCGGUCGUGCAACAAAAGCGUCCCACAGGAGUCGCCCAACAGCGGCGUACAAAGUGAUCAAUCAAGUCAAAGAAGCUCCUCCGAGGAGCGCAGCAUCCUGCAGCACCGCAACUCUGCCUUGUGUGUGUGCGCUGAAUCCUGACUCGUAGAAAGGUUUGUUUUGUUUGCCCGGAGACGAAAAAGGAUAAACUGCACAGGCUCAACUUUGCUCAUGUGUCAGAUGUAACAGGCCUAUUCCUAGAUGUAUACUUUUUUACAGAGUCAUUGUUUUUUUGUAAAUACCUGAGAAAUUUGAGAUUGUAAAUGUGUUGCUGUUUUAACCUUCCUAUUAUUCUCGUAUUGCUGCCGCCCCACACUUUAAAUUUUAAUCUUUGCAGAAAUUGUACAUCUGUUCACGCUACACAAUCUAUUUUCAUACUUCUAAGUAUGUAUAGUAUAUCCAAAAGACUUAUUUUAAAGAAGAUAGAUCACUACAAUCUGAGAUAACUACAGUUUACAUGAGUUGUCACAGAAGCAGCCUUCCAGUAAUUAUAUUUGUCCAAAAAAUAUUUUAGAUUUCUCUUAACUAUCCUUGAUUAGAGUGAAUACCCUACACCAGUUGUUUGUAGUCCCUUACAGUGAGACUCCAAAUAAUGGGAAACAGAUGACAAGCAAUAGUCUGAGGUUAUUAUUAUUAUUAUUGUUAUUAUUAUUACAAGGGGACUGACUUUAAGAUUAUAUUAUAUUUGUUUUGUGUCCGUACAGGUGGCAAAUUACGUACUGUCAUGAUCAUAACUGCUACUAUAAGCUAAUUGGUGUAUCUUAUGCAUCGUAUGUGAGGAGGUUUUAAAGGGUCAGUUCACUGAAAUCCCAAAAAGAAAACAAAAAGUAUUAUUUUACUUACCAUAGAGGUAUCAAUCCAUGUGGGUACUGUACAUACAGGUCUGUUUGUUUUUAGUGAGUUGAUCCUUACACAGUCAUAUUGAUCCAUUCCGAACGUCUCCAUGUAUGAUUUGGCCAAAUACUGUUGUUUUUUGUCGUUUGGAAACCUUGGGCCUACCUGGAAGAACAGUUUUGAAGUGGUACAAUAAGAAGUAGAGGUUGUUGAGUAGGGUCAUGGUAAAAAAAAUUAAAUCAAAAAAAGUCAUCCAUAUCUGUGCCUCAGUGGAGCUUGGUGUGGAGGCACUGAUGUGUUCAUGUGUAUAACAUCAAGUUCAUUUGAAGAGUUGACAAGGCACUAACUCUAUUUUUAUGGGUCUUCCUCUUUGUUUUCAUACUUGUGUACUUGUGUGUGCUUUUCAUCCAUAAGCUGUGUUUUAAUCUGCACAUAAAACACACUAUGGUACGUAUGUAGUACACAGAAAGUGCCCCAUUCAUGGUAUAACGUGAUCAAAGUUCUAACUUGUGUUUAUAUGGCAGCUCAUUAACCGUUCUAGCCAAUUUGUUUGCCUUGUUGUUACAUAAACAUGUCAUGUUUGCCUUAGCACAAAUGAGUCAGAGGUGCUUUUUUACAUGUUCUCAUAUUUGUGACUCGGAGAAGCGUGACAAGUAUGAAUCUCAAGGAUAUGUCAUUCUGAGUACGGCUGUGGCCCAGAUUCUACCAUUUAUCAUGCACCUUCAGUUCUGCACCCAUGUCAUUUUAACAUUCACACUGCAGCAUUCAACAUGGUUAUUGUUCCUCAGUUAUAAAACCAAGCAGUGUGUUUGUUUUGUACAGAACGUCAAUAUGCAAUACAAGUUUGUACAGUACAUUAUUAUGCAAAUUAAAUGGAUAUUUCAGGAGUCUGGCAUGCUCAGAUCUACUCUGUAUGUUGUGAAGUGUCCUGAGGUAAUGGAUUUUCAUGAGCAUGUGGUUUGUUUUUGACAUUUACAAAACUUGGCUCUUGCUUCAUAUCCACUGCAGCCAGUUUUCAAGACUAACCGUAUAAGUUACAUACUUUAAAAUGACUGGUUAUACAAUGUCAGUGUGUUGUAAUAAAGCUCUUGUUUUUCCAAAUGA